AUGCCAAGAUUAUUAGCCACUCAAUCGCAUGUCGUUCACGGCUAUGUAGGCAAUAAAGCUGCUACUUUUCCGCUACAAUGCUUAGGCUGGGACGUGGAUUGUUGCAAUAGUGUACAAUUUUCCAAUCAUACUGGAUAUGGGAUGGAUAAAGUAUUUGGUAAUGUAACAGAAAAAAAUGACUUGGAUCAGCUUUUAUGCGGCGUACUGGGCAACUUUCCGCAUGAAUACGAUGCACUACUGUCCGGCUAUCUGCCCAAUAAAAGUUCUGUACAAUGCAUGGGCCAACAUUACAGAAGAUACAGAAAUGCAAAUCCGCAAAGCAUAUGGCUCAUGGACCCCGUCAUGGGCGAUGAGGGCCAAUUAUAUGUCAAUGAAGAUGUCAUACCGGAGUACAAGAAGCUGGCUCUGAGUCCGUCUUGUCUGGUGGAUAUCAUAACGCCGAAUCAAUUUGAGUUGGAAAUAUUGAACGGAGAGAAUAUUGGAAAUUCUGAGCAAAUGAAAAGUGCAUUAUUGAAACUUCAUGCUACUAUCCCGGUAAUCGUAGUAACUUCAUGUGACUUUAAAAUGUUUAAUGAUCCUGAACAUGUUUACAUUGUAACAUCAAUGAGAGGUGAGAAGCCUAUACUUCUGCGUGUACCAUUGAUCAAAUCAUAUUUUACCGGAGUAGGGGAUUUAUUUUCAGCAUUGCUUCUGGAUAGAAUUUAUAAACUAUUUUCGUCAAACGAUUCAAGUGUUCGCUUGGAAGACCAAGUUAAUGACGUACUCAAUGUUAUACAAAAAGUUCUGAAGAAAACCCUUUCAUAUGCUCCUAAGCUUAAAACAGCUAAGAUGGGGUCUGCCUCGGAUAUGAAGGAUAUGGAAUUGAGAAUAAUUGAGUCAAGAGAUCUCUACGAAGGCGAUGGAUCAACAUCCAGGAAGAAUUUUAUUUAUAGAAAGCUGUAA